GCAGGAACGAAACUCAUUUGCGUGUGAAAGUAACAUACGCCACAGCCUGUAAACGCUGCGAGACGCAUAUGUUUUCAAGGUAACUACUCUUUAUGUGGAAAUAUUCCCUGGAACCAGGGGUUACAACAAGACCGAGUGGAGAGUGUAAAUCAUCACUUGUUGAAAUGAUGGAUUUUCAUCUGAAAUGCAGGAUCUGGUGACCUCGGAAAUGAUGGAGGACAGAAAUGGAGUUUGUCACGUGAUGGAGGAGAGUGAGGUGGAUGUAGAAAUCAGACAAACCAAACCUCAGUCACAAGCCAACAACAACAGACCCAACUGGUCAAAUGGUCAGUGUGUUCUGUCAAUGCGAUGCUGUUCAACGUUAAACCCCAGUUUUGAUCUGUCUCUGUGCCGCGCCAAACUGGAGAAUGAUGGCUUCCAGAUUCCAGUCACAGACAUGGAGGCACCACUGAGAACAGCACUGGACGUUCCCUCAGUCAGGAGAUACAUGGUUUUUAACUCGGCUCUCUUCCAUUUCAUAAUGGCACCGGUGCUGUAUGUGGUGGUGUGGUGUGCCGUGUUCUCCACCCUCCACCUCUACAUCACUGUCAGUGACUACUGGGUCCUCUGUCUCUCUGUCAGCCUGGUCUCCAUCUUCCUCACCACUGCCAUCAUCUUCAUCCUCCACCACAGUAACAAGGAGAUCAACAUGAACUUAGACGUUCGGUUAAUCCAGGUGAACGAGCGGAUGGUGAGACACAAACUGCUGGUGGCCGUGGCCGACUGGGUGCAGAACUGCACUGGAAACAUGCAGUUGUACUUUGUAUACUGGGACAUGUCCCGCUGUCUGAGGGCACUGACUGAAACUUUAGAAGAGCACAGCUUUGUGGCGAAUGACACUCAGAAGAAACUGAAGAAGAAGAUGUCCCACCUCGUCCUUGUGGCCGAAGUCGCGGCUGUUGACCCCGAGGCUGGAGGCUCAGAUGGGGAGCAGGACUCAGAUGAACAGAGGCCUCUGCUCAGACGUGAGGACACAGGCUGCAGUACCUCAUCCAGCCAGCGGGAGGACGCCAAAGUCAUCACCAACUACAGCCUCAUCCCUGACCCAUCCCUGCCUGCUCAGGCUAAAGCUUACCAGCUUCUGAUGACGUACAGUGCAGCCUAUGUGAAGCUGCUGGUGUCUGAGAGGCUGUCAGGACCGUCACACCACCGCCUACGAUCCCGGAGGAAUCACUGCACCACCGCCCCUCUGUGCCUCUGCCAGUACAUCAAAAAGAAGAUCCUUCGAUAACAGACCUGACCAAUGGCAAACCAGGAACCUGGUACAUAGAGCUGGUGGCGUACUAAGUUUAAGACUUUUGCUUUGUACCCAGAUUCUUGAACAGACAAACUGAUAUAUGAGACCAUUUCCUCCAGAGGAAACAUGGAUGAAAGACAUUUUGAUACUAUAAAGAACCUGUUUGGAGCUUCUCAUUCAUGAUUUCUCUGUUUUAAAGUCUGUUUCUCUGGCCUGUGUGGUUCCUACUGUACCUCUGCUGCUGUUUCCACGCCAGCUCUGUGUUUGCAUCACGUGGAUAUUUGUCCAUUUGCACCCUGCCAAAUGCUGUCACUCUGAGAACACAGGUCCAUCCAGCUGCUGUAAAACAAUAUUUGUACUCUUGUAUACACGACAGUCGAAGCACUCAAAUCUACUGUUUAAAUUAUUUUCACUAAUAAUAAAAAGAUUCUUGUGAUUUAAA